AUCAGUUGAAACGCCCUAUCGGUAGUUUGGGAUUAGUCGCGUUUCGUCAAUUGAAGUGAUCUUGUAUUUUGAGUGGAAUGCGAGGUUUACUGUUUUACGUUUUGGCAAUCCAGUGUAUUGCGCUUAUCCUUGGGUCAACUAAAGAUUACAAGGAUAACAUUUGUUUCAAUGGAGAUUAUGAUACUGCUGGCAACUGUCAGUGUAGGGAAGGAUAUUCGUUGUUUAAUGGAAAUUGUUUCCUUGCAACAAGUCCAACAAAUUAUCAAGCACCCCUGUCUACGAGGACCACAAGGCGCUGCGGUGCAGGGAUGAUCCAAUAUAACGGGAAUUGCGCACCGAUCGAUUGCUCUGGAACUUCAUGUGGUGCGGCGUGUCUACCUGGCUUCAUCCUCAAGGAUGGUUUUUGUGUGCUCCCAGAUCAAAAGUGUCCACAAGGAAUGGUUUCACAUGAUGGCUAUUGCCAUUACUAUCCACUUCUUCCGUCAUCGGCCACAUUACCACCAUUAGAGAAAAUUGAAGAAGUUCCUCCGUUGCGUGUUACUAUUCCUAUGCCCGAGCUCCCUCUCGAUCCCCUUGAUCCAAACAACGGUAAAAUAACAGACUCGGAAGAAGUAGAAGUAGUCCCCAACCUUAGACCACCCAGUCAAGCGUUGCCAGCUACGAGCAAUGUUCACAAUCUCAAUACAGUGAAUUCACCUACUGACGUCAACACUCACAAUGUGAACAACGUAUUCGUCCACAUAACUCGAACGAAAGCUAACGGGGCCAUCAAGGCCGUAGUUAUAAGAAACAACGAGACAACUGUUUACGAAGAACCACCGAAAGAGAAAUCAGACCCAGCAAGCUGCGAAGAAACCGAAGAGGAAGAGGAAGAGGAUACAAGUGAACCCCCAUCAGAACAACCGAAAAAGUGCUGUAUUGUGGUUUCUCCUCGUAUCUGCCAGAAACAGGAUCAAGACGAGUGGGUUUGUUUCCAUCGGAAGCAUUAUCGUUGCGGCAGUUUUUGCACUGCGGACAUUAUGUACCUGAAACCACGCCAGCCGAAAAUACACAACUCGAUGUUGCUCAUGCCACCGACUUAUGGAUAUUCUCCCAUGAUGCGUUUCGGUAUCUGUCGUUGGGGAGUCUGCCCACCGAUAGAUUGUUCCGGUUGCCUCAGUGGAACGUAUCGCUGCCACUAUAAGUGCUACACCUAUGAUUGUGCUCAGUAUGGUAAAUGUAAUUUCAUUAACCAAGAGGAAUUCUGUAAUGAACAUGACGAUGACCUAUGUUAGCUUAAGUAAAAUACCUAAUUUAAAUCAAUUAAAUUUACUGAAUAAAUAAAACUUAAGCAUCUUCAA